AGAUCAUGGUCAAGACUGAAGAAAUUCCCACUUUGUUUAUGAGCAUAGGAGAGGAGAAUAAACCAUGCAUACAAUCAGCAGGAUCUUCUGAUUCGCCUUCACGAGUAAUGAGUCCAGAUAAUCAAGGAUCAACAAGGCCAGCCCCCAGUUUUGGGCCUCUGAGUGUGUUACAAACACUGCUUUCUGCACCUUUUGUUGCUCCAACGCAUAAAAGUGACAGCGAAGAAAAAAUCAGCACGAUGCAACCCUCGAACGAUGUCGCUCUUCGAUCUUUGCUAGAUUUGCCCCGUUUGGAUGAGAAAGUAGAGACAGCCGCGGAAGCUGGUUACCAAAAUCUAUCCUUACAGAACAAGUUUUCAAUCCCUGUGAGGACAACCAUUGACGAUGCCACAGCAUGACCCUUCGGAUUGUGCCAGUGUGACUCAAUUCAAAUUACAUCUUGCCUAUGUUUUCUAUCAGAUUUGUAAAGUUAACCAUGCUGCAUCCGCUAACAACUAAUAUUCUACG